GCGGCGGUAACGUAGCCGGAAGCUGGUGGCGGCGGGGUGGGCGGCCCGCGCGUCCUCAGUGUAGCGCGGAUAGGUGCGACCCCCGCCCGACCCGUCCUACCCUCCUAGCCCGGCCCGCCGGAUACGACCCGACCGGCGCGACCCUCUCCUGACGGGUACUGCUUCUGACUGUGUUUUCGAGCGUUAACACAGGAGUUCUUGGACAAGUUGUCAAGAUAAACCAUACUUGCAGUUUUGAAAGUACCAUGGCCAGCCCAAGGACCAGGAAAGUUCUUAAGGAAGUCAGAGUGCAGGAUGAAAACAAUGUGUGCUUUGAAUGCGGUGCCUUCAACCCCCAGUGGGUGAGUGUGACGUAUGGCAUCUGGAUCUGCUUGGAAUGCUCGGGAAAGCACCGUGGGCUUGGAGUACAUCUCAGCUUUGUGCGGUCUGUUACCAUGGACAAGUGGAAGGACAUCGAGCUGGAGAAGAUGAAAGCUGGUGGAAACGGCAAGUUCCGAGAGUUCCUAGAGUCCCAGGAGGACUAUGAUCCCUGCUGGUCUCUGCAGGACAAGUACAACAGCAAGGCUGCAGCCCUCUUUAGGGACCAGGUAGCCACUUUGGCUGAAGGCAGAGAAUGGUCUCUGGAGUCAUCACCUGCACAGAACUGGACCCCACCCCAACCCAGGACUCUGACAUCCACAGCCCACCGGGCCUCUGGCCAGCCACAGAACUCUACUGCCUCCUCCGACAAGGCUUUUGAGGACUGGCUGAAUGAUGACCUGGGCUCCUACCAGGGGGCCCAAGAGAACCGCUACAUAGGGUUUGGGAAUACUGUGCCACCUCAGAAGAGAGAGGACGACUUCCUCAACAACGCCAUGUCGUCUCUUUACUCGGGCUGGAGCAGCUUCACUUCUGGAGCCAGCAAGUUUGCGUCUGCAGCCAAGGAGGGUGCAACGAAGUUUGGAACCCAAGCAAGUCAAAAGUUUUGGGGUUCCAAGCAGCAGCCAGAGAUGGCCUCUGAAUUGGGCCACAGUCUGAAUGAAAAUGUCCUUAAACCUGCCCAGGAGAAGGUGAAGGAGGGAAGAAUUCUUGACGAUGUGUCCACUGGGGUUUCUCAGUUGGCAUUCAAGGUCCAGGGUGUUGGUAGUCGGGGAUGGCGGGACGUUACCACCUUCUUUUCUGGAAGAGCAGAGGACCCCUCAGACAGACCCCCAGAGGGCCAGAGCUACCAGAACAGUGGUGGAGACAACUCCCAGAACAGCACCAUCGACCAGAGCUUCUGGGAGACAUUUGGGGGUACUGACCCCUCCAGGGCCCGCAAGUCCCCAAGCAGCGACAGCUGGACCUGUGCAGACGCUUCAGCUGAGAAGAGGAGCUCAGACAGCUGGGAUGUAUGGGGCUCGGGCUCUGCAUCCAACAACAAGAACAGCGACCACAGUGAUGGGGGAGAGGCCUGGGGUGGUGGUGGGGAGGGCAGAGCCAAGGCCACUAAGAAGUCAGCGCCACCACCUGCACCAGUCGAUGACGGCUGGGAUGCCCAGGACUGGUAACCAGAGCCCAGGCAGUAUGUCUGCACUUUAUCCUGGCUCUUCCACUUGACCUGAGAGACUCAGCUUACAGCAUACAGGACAAUGCUGGAGUGACCCUGGGAUUGGGGGCAUCUGCUCUCUAAGGCUUGUGGGUGGGUGGUGGCCCAGCUGCAGUUCUGGAUUUUGGGCACAGGGGUGAGGUUCCCAGUGCUGUGAGAGCCACCCAUCCCCAUCCCCCCCCUCAAUAAACACCCCAGACCCACC